UUUUUCGUUCAUCCGUCACAAAAAUGGCUGCGCUUAGAGUAUUCAGUCGUAAUUUACCGUAUUUACGACAGCAAUUUUCUGCUUUAUUAGGAAACACGUCGCCAUCGGUGAAAUUCAUUUGUGUAGUAGUUAUAAUAGGGUAUAUACUAUCAUUUUCCGAUGAUGUUGUGGACGUUCUCAGUGUCACUCCAGGGUAUUUGUUGCCACCUUCUUUCCAACUGUGGUCUACUUUCACGUUCUGGUUUCUCGAGAUUCAUUUGUGGGAGGUGAUCAUCGAUAUUGUGACAGUGGGACUAUGUGGGAAACUAAUAGAACCGUUAUGGGGUCAGAUGGAAAUGAUGAAGUUUUUCUUUCUGACCAAUGUUGGUGUUGCAUUUCUAACAACAUUCUACUAUCUAGUGAUAUUUGCGUGUACAGGACAGACGUCCUACUUGUUUGAUAUUCAUGUACAUGGGCUGGCGGGUUACCUGGCAGCCGUGAGUGUUGCCGUAAAGCAGAUUAUGCCAGAUCAUUUGCUGAUAAAAACACCAUUAGGGAAGUUAACAAACAGAUCUAUGCCCCUCCUGAUUUUAAUAGCAGCUAUUAUUCUUUGGGCUAUUGGAGCAUUGGAGGGCACAUACCCAUGCAUGUGGGGCAGUGGAACAAUACUCUCCUGGAUUUAUCUGAGGUUCUGGCAGAGGCAUAGCAGUGGCACAAGAGGAGACAUGGCUGAUAAUUUCAGUUUUGAUAAUUUCUUCCCCACGGUCCUACAGCCAGUGGUGCGAGGAAUUCUGGGGCCGCCACAUCGUUGCCUGGUGCGACUCGGCAUUUGUUCACCAAGCCCUCGUCGCGUGCAUCUUGCUCUCAGUCCUAGAGGCGUCACCAUUUCAAUGCCAGGUGUUGAGCCACAAGACAUGGAGAGACGGAGACAAAUCGCGCUCAAAGCUUUGAGCGAGAGAUUAUCCAAGACUUCCGAACAGACGCGACAAAAGAAUCUUUCGACCAAAGUGAAUAUGGAUGCCGUAAGGAAAGUACAGUCACAGGUGAUACCACAGUUCCCGUCUGAAACGGCCACAUCAAGCCAGGCUGCGGCAGCACCGCCCGAGGCUACGCUGGUAGACCUUACUGACCCCGUCCCGCCCACUACGAAACAAUCAUGAUCUUCAAAGAUUUAAACACUACAACAAAAGGCUGUUCACAGAACCAAUGUAGAAAUAGGUAUGGUUGAUUUUUAAGAGUGCUUGACGAUCUCAGACACGG